UAUUCAGGAAGGUACUCUCAGAAUAAAUAUGGUGGACAAUCUCAAAAUCAGCAUGAUCCAAAGUGUUACUCCUGUUAAAAGUCGUUCCUUCAUGAUAGAGGAUAUUCUGGACUCCGGGACACGAUCUCUCAUAUCCUCAGAUGAAGGAAGGAGUGUUAGGGAAGCAGCAGAGAGUUUGUAUGAACAGCAUCAGAGACACAUUCUAGAGAAUUCCGGGAAAAUGAAAAAGAAACGAAAACCCAGAACUAGCUUCACAAACUUACAGUUAUUUGAGUUGGAGAGGAAGUUCUACCACAAGAAAUACUUGGCUAGCAGCGAGCGUAAAAAACUGGCACAACUUCUUAACCUAACAGACAUCCAGGUAAAGACGUGGUUCCAGAACCGUCGGAAUAAACACAAGCGCAGCAAACACGAUAUCAUCCCCAUAUUCGAUACUGACAGUGACGCGGCUAGAUCAAUUCUUUUUAGUCAGGUGGGAGGUUCAGGGUUCUCCAGAUCACUCAAAGCGUUUGUUUGUCACGCAUUAGCUAAUGACUAUGUAACAAUGAGAGCACUGGAAGACAUGCAUCCUCUCAGUUCAAUAACUCAGGUCUCCCUGCCCUCAGUAAUAAACAACUCCACCUUGGCUGGUAACGUGUCAUGAAGUAUGAAGUACUGAAAUCUUAUCAUUGAGAAUACAAACUCCUUCGAACGAUAAUCGAGCUGCGAAGAAGACGUGAAUCGGAAGUCAAAACAGAAAUCAGUCAGCAGUUGACAAGCUAGGAAUAAAUCUUAUGAAACUGGCAUUUACAUAACUUGAAGAAUUGAAAAGAGUUAUCAAUAUCGAUUAGUUCAGAAUGACUAGAACAGAUUAAUGUUUGACUUUGAGAUUAGUGUUUCAUGUUUGAGCAAUGGCAAGACGCCAGUUUUCUUGAAUUAAUUGAUUGUUUAAUCAUUAAUGCUAUCAGAUAUCGACUUUAUAAUUAUUUCUUUGAAAUUGCAUUUGAAACAAUUGAUUGUUGAUGCGGUUCAGUCACGAAUUUAUUGUUUUUGUUACCC